GGGACGUGGGGGGAGGGGCGGGGAGGAGGAAGCGGCGGCGGCUGCGGAUGUCGCUGCGACCGAGUGGUGUUUGAGCACAGGGCGGCUGCUGAGCGCCCGACCCGGGCCUGCGCCGGAGCCCAGGCCAAGCUCCGCGGCCCCUCGCCCGGUAGGGCGGCCUUGCGCCCGUUGUCACUGAGGCGACGUGCCCCACAUUCUCCGCUUCUCGGGCCGGCCGGCUCUGGCGUCCCCUGGCUCCCCCUCGCUCGCCCGCUCCCUCCUGCGCGCCUGAGUCACCGCCGCCGCCAUGGCCGAGAAUGGUGAAAGCGGCGGCCCUCCGAGCUCCCAGGACAGCGCCGCCGCUGCCGAAGGUGCCGGCGCCCCCGCCGCCGCUGCUGCUUCCACGGAACCCAAGAUCAUGAAAGUCACCGUGAAGACCCCGAAGGAGAAGGAGGAGUUCGCAGUGCCCGAGAAUAGCUCCGUCCAGCAGUUCAAGGAAGAAAUCUCUAAACGUUUUAAAUCCCAUACCGACCAACUUGUGUUGAUAUUUGCUGGAAAAAUUUUAAAAGAUCAAGAUACUUUGAGUCAGCAUGGAAUUCAUGAUGGACUUACUGUUCACCUUGUCAUCAAAACACAAAACAGGCCUCAGGAUCAUUCAGCUCAGCAAACCAACACCAGUGGAAGCAAUGCUACCGCGUCAUCAGCUCCUAAUAGUACCUCCACAUCUGGUUCUGCCACUAGCAACCCUUUUGGUUUAGGUGGGCUUGGAGGACUUGCAGGUCUGAGUAGCUUGGGUUUGAAUACUGCCAACUUCUCUGAACUACAGAGCCAGAUGCAGCGGCAACUUAUGUCCAAUCCUGAAAUGAUGGUCCAGAUCAUGGAGAAUCCCUUUGUCCAGAGCAUGCUUUCAAAUCCUGACCUGAUGAGGCAGUUAAUUAUGGCCAAUCCACAAAUGCAGCAGUUGAUACAGAGAAAUCCAGAAAUUAGUCAUAUGCUGAAUAAUCCAGAUAUUAUGAGACAAACAUUGGAACUUGCUAGGAAUCCAGCAAUGAUGCAGGAAAUGAUGAGAAACCAGGACCGAGCUUUGAGCAACCUGGAAAGCAUCCCAGGGGGAUAUAAUGCUUUACGGCGCAUGUACACAGAUAUUCAGGAACCAAUGCUGAGUGCUGCGCAAGAACAGUUUGGUGGCAAUCCGUUUGCUUCCUUAGUGAGCAGUACAUCCUCAGGUGAAGGUAGUCAACCUUCCCGUACAGAAAAUAGAGAUCCAUUACCCAAUCCAUGGGCUCCACAGGCUUCUCAGAGUUCGUCAGCUUCCAGUGGCACCACCGGCGCCGUGGGGGGCACUAGUAGUGGUGCUGCCAGUGGCACUGCUGGGCAGAGUUCUACUGUGCCAAAUUUGGGGCCUGGAGUAGGAGCUAGUAUGUUCAACACACCAGGAAUGCAGAGCUUGUUGCAACAAAUAACUGAAAACCCACAACUUAUGCAAAACAUGUUGUCUGCCCCCUACAUGAGAAGCAUGAUGCAGUCACUAAGCCAGAACCCUGACCUUGCUGCACAGAUGAUGCUGAAUAAUCCCCUAUUUGCUGGAAAUCCUCAGCUUCAAGAACAAAUGAGACAACAGCUCCCAACUUUCCUCCAACAAAUGCAGAAUCCUGAUACGUUGUCAGCAAUGUCAAACCCUAGAGCAAUGCAGGCCUUGUUACAGAUUCAGCAGGGUUUACAGACCUUAGCGACUGAAGCCCCCGGCCUCAUCCCAGGGUUUACUCCUGGCCUGGGGGCAUUAGGAAGCACUGGAGGCUCUUCAGGAACCAGUGGCUCUAAUUCUGCAUCUGGUGAAAACCCAAGUCCCACAGCAGGAACCACCGAAUCUGGACACCAGCAGUUUAUCCAACAAAUGCUACAGGCUCUUGCUGGAGUGAAUCCUCAGCUACAGAAUCCAGAAGUCAGAUUUCAGCAGCAACUAGAACAGCUCAGUGCAAUGGGAUUUUUGAACCGUGAAGCAAACUUGCAAGCGCUAAUAGCCACAGGAGGUGAUAUCAAUGCGGCUAUUGAAAGGUUACUGGGCUCUCAACCAUCAUAGCAGCAUUUCUGUAUCUUGAAAAAAUGUAAUUUAUUUUUGAUAACGGCUCUUAAAUCUUUAAAAUACCCGCUUUAUUUCAUUUUGACUCUUGGAAUUCUGUGCUGUUAUAAACAAACCCAAUAUGAUGCAUUUUAAGGUGGAGUGCAGUAAGAUGUGUGGGUUUCUCUGUGUUUUUGUUUGUUUGUUUUUUGUUUUUUCCUGGAACAGUGGGAAUCAAUGCUUUUUCAUUUAAGGCUACUGCAUGCAUCAACCACUUCUGCAUUUAUUGUAAUUUUUAAAAAACAUAUCACCUUUUAUAGUUGGGUGAACAUAUUUUUGUCCUGCAUCUGUCCAGUUUAUUUGCUUUUUAAACAUUAGCCUAUGGUAGUAAUUUAUGUAGAAUAAAAGCAUUAAAAAGAAGCAAA